CUAUCCCUGCUUUCAAUUUGCUUUCUGGGAGUAAUUACUGUGUCAUCAUUCCACAGGCAUGAGGAAAUAAAAUAGAGAUGAUCACGCUGAAAAAGACAAACUGUCAGUCCAACAAAGCUGCCAAAGGAAAGAAAAAUGGGUCAGAGAUGGUGACAGAUACUGAAGAAUAUCAUCCAGCACCAGCUUCCACUCAACUGCUGUGUGUUGACUGACUGAGGACCUCAUGACAAUGGAUGAGACAUUCCUUAAAUACUCAUCAAUGGUUUCCACGGAAUCACAUCCUCCAACCAAUACACAACACGCAAACACUAGGCAGCAAAAUGCCAUCUUCCUCAACACCAUCGUUGUACCUCUGCCUACUGCUCAUGUCGUGCCUUCUUCUCUUGGAAGAAGCACAUGGGGCGCGCCAUGGAGGGAUCUCACUGAGGUCUCAGCACAUGGCCCUCCUCCACUGGAAGGCUACACUCGCAAGCCCACCGCUGCGGAUGAGCUCUUGGCAGGAAAACACCAGCCCAUGCAACUGGACGGGUAUCAUGUGCGCGGUUGUUCGCCAUGGCCGACAUAUGCCCUGGGUGGUGACCAACGUCUCCCUGCCAGAUGCUGGCAUCCAUGGCCAGCUUGGUGAGCUUAACUUCUCGGCUCUUCCAUUCCUCGCAUAUAUCGACCUUAGUAAUAACAGUCUCAAUGGUGCCCUGCCAGCUAGUAUCAGCUCCCUGUCAGCACUUUCAGUACUUAACCUUCAGGAAAACCAGCUCACUGGGAAAAUUCCUGAUGAGAUUGGUGACCUGCAAAGUCUUAGGAAACUUGCCCUCGCAUUUAACAGGAUCACGGGACAUAUCCCUGCGUCUCUGGGUAACCUAACACUGCUAACUGAUAUUUUCAUUCACCAAACCAUGGUAUCAGGCCCCAUUCCUGAGGAGAUGGGAAGGCUUGUCAACCUACAAAGUCUACAGCUAAGCAACAGCAGCUUAAGCGGUUUGAUACCGAAAACAAUUAGAAAUCUGACCCAACUAAAUGGUUUGUACCUGUUUGGUAAUCAACUUUCAGGACCUAUACCCCAAGAAGUAGGCAACCUAGUCCAUUUGGAAAGUCUUCAGCUUAAUUCAAAUGAUUUUUCAGGUUCAAUUCCAAUCUCCAUAGCGAAUCUUACGAAGAUGAACCAACUUUUUCUCUUUGAUAAUCAAAUCACAGGUUCAAUACCCCCAGAACUAGGCAACCUCGCUAUGCUAAACCAACUGGGUCUCGAUAGGAAUCAAAUAACAGGUUUGAUACCCCCAGAACUAGGGAACCUCACUAUGCUAAAUGAUAUGUUUCUCUAUAGAAAUCAAAUCACAGGUCCAAUACCUUUGGAAUUGUGCAUCUUGUUGAAUCUCCAGACUUUAGAAUUGACCGACAACCAUAUAACCGGUUCCAUCCCCCAGGAAAUUGGCAAUUUGAUGAAUCUCAAAUAUUUAGGCUUGUCCGAGAACCAAAUUUCGGGAUCAAUACCGAAAACUUUCGGGAAGUUGCAAAGCCUCAUACGACUGCAAAUCUACAGUAACAAACUAUCAGGUUUUCUUCCUCAAGAAUUUGGAGAUCUCAUCGGCCUUGUUGAUCUUGGGCUGUCUAACAACUCACUUUCAGGACAUUUACCCGCAAAUAUUUGUUCAGGUGGCAGACUUCAACAUUUCGCUGCAGUUUCUAAUAUGUUCAGUGGCCCCAUUCCUAGAAGUUUAAAGGCAUGUACGAGUUUAGUUCGACUUCGCCUUGAGUCGAACCAACUAACUGGAGAUAUAUCACAACAUUUUGGUGUGUAUCCACAACUCAGAAUGAUGAGCUUAACAUCGAAUAGACUCUCCGGGCAAAUCUCGCCCAGUCUUGGUGAAUGUACCCAACUAACGAUCACAGGCUCCAUACCUCCAGUCCUUUCUAAAUUGUCCAACCUAGUAGAACUAACACUUGAUUCUAAUCAUCUCAGCGGUGAGACUCCACCAGAAAUCUUCACUUUAGCAAACCUAUAUAUCCUGAACUUGUCAUCAAACCAAUUAUCUGGAACCAUACCUACACAGAUAGAGAAGCUAAGGAGCAUAGGGUACCUCGAUAUAGCUGGGAACAAACUGAGUGGAUUAAUACCUGAGGAACCAGGGGCCUGCGUGAAACUACAGUCCCUGAAGAUCAACAACAACAAAUUCAGUGGGAGUUUGCCUGGUGCGAUUGGAAAUUUAGAAGGCCUGCAGAUUAUGUUCGACGCGAGCAACAAUAACCUCAGUGGUGCAUUGCCGCAGCAACUUGGGAAGUUGGAGAUGCUAGAAUUGCUGAAUUUAUCACAUAAUCAGUUCAGUGGCAGCAUUCCGCCCUCCUUUGCAAGCAUGGCAAGCCUUUCAACACUUGAUGUGUCCUACAACAAAUUGGAAGGACCGGUCCCAACAGCACGGCUACUCCAGAAUGCUUCGACAAGUUGGUUUCUUCCCAAUAGAGGUCUGUGUGGUAACCUCUCUGGUCUUCCACCUUGCUAUUCAACUCUAGCAUCUGGUCAACAUAAACGGAAGACACCUCGUUUGCUUUUGCCAGUUGUUCUUGUGCUCGGUUUCAUCAUUGUUGCUACAAUUGUUGUCAUAAUAAUGCUUAGCAGUAACAAAAGAAAACCACAAGAAAGUGCUACUGCUGAAGGAAGGGACCUAUUCUCUGUUUGGAAUUUUGAUGGAAGAUUAGCAUUUGAAAAUAUUGUAAGGGCAACAGAAGACUUCGAUGAUAAGUACAUCAUUGGAAUAGGAGGAUACGGCAAAGUAUACAAGUCACAACUUCAAGACGGGCAGCUAGUUGCUGUGAAGAAGCUUCAUCAGACCGGGGAAGAGUUGGAUGAUGAAAGAAGAUUUCGUAGAGAAAUGGAAAUAUUAUCACAGAUCCGACAACGAAGCAUUGUCAAAAUGUAUGGAUUCUGCUCCCAUCCAGCGUAUAAAUUUCUUGUCUAUGACUAUAUUGAGCAGGGAAGCCUCCAUGGGACAUUGGAAAAUGAGGAGCUAGCAAAGGAAUUGGAUUGGCAGAAGAGAAAUGCUCUUGCAACUGAUGUGGCUCAAGCCAUAUCUUAUUUGCACCACGAAUGCAGUCCACCUAUAAUCCAUCGAGAUAUAACAAGCAACAACAUCUUACUUGAUACAACCUUCAAGGCUUUUGUCUCGGAUUUCGGCACAGCAAGGAUUCUUAAGCCCGAUUCAUCAAAUUGGAGUGCACUAGCAGGAACAUAUGGCUACAUAGCUCUUGAAUUGUCGUACACAUCUGUUGUGACAGAGAAAUGUGAUGUUUAUAGCUUUGGCGUGGUUGUGCUAGAACUAGUGAUGGGGAAGCAUCCAAGGGAUCUAUUAGACUGUAGUUUGCCAAACGGGGAACAAGCUAUACUGGUGAAAGAUAUUCUGGACCAACGGCCGACAACACCAACAACAGCAGAACAGAAGAGUUUAGCUCUGCUCAUCAAGCUGGCCUUUUGUUGCAUGGAAUCUUCUCCACAAGCAAGGCCAACCAUGCGGGACGCAUAUCAAACGCUCAUCCAACGACCCUCUUCUAGUUCAAGUCCCGUGCCUUUCAGCACACUUACAUUACAACAAGUAAGGGAUGUCUGUUGAUAUAUGAUCUGAAUUCUAGUGAGAACCCAUGGUCUAUCGUAGCAGAAACCUAAUAUGCCAUGUAUAUAUGGUUAAGUUUGUAAUCAUGUCAUGUCAUCUCCUAGGUUUUAUUUCUAGCAAAAAUAAAAACCAGUCCAUGCAGCGUGAGCCUGUUCACGACAUGACCGGAUCAGUAGCUCCAUGCUGCUAUGAUCGCCCCGUGGGAUGGCACGAGUACCGGCUGUGGUGGCUUAUAACUUGAGGCAUGGUCAAGAGACGUGGGAUGGCACGUCCGUGAAGCUUGGUCAUGGCGCAAGAUUAGGAUCUUUCUAAGCUAAUGAGUUGUUUAAAUAAAGAGGAGAACAAAGCAGGAAAGCUGCAACAUUUUACUCAUCGCAAAUAUCCUGAGUGUUCACUGAUUCUUCUCCCUCCCAUUUCUGCUCCAACAAUAUAUAUGUCAGGAUGAGUUCAUGACUCAUUGUAAGUCUACGUGUUUGUAGACACUCUCCCGAUACAGUGAAAUAUAAUCGUUGUGUGCCCUUGGUUUUUCCCAACAAGGGUUUUCUACAAGAAA